AUUACUAAUAAAAAAAAUGCUAACCAACACUACUCUAAUCGAGGCUAUCAAAAAUAUUUCGUUUUAAUUCUUCCAUUUCGUUCAACAAAAUAAAUAAAUACCUUGGAGAGAAGCGUCUAUUGGCCAGCAGCAGGCACAGCUAAAGAUCGAGCACAAAACCAAGUUCAGCAAUGGCCACGUCAAAGGCCUUACUAAUUUGUUUAUGUCUGUUCGCCAGUAGCUGCUACGUGUCGGUGUCGGCAGACGAGCACAAUCAUAAGUACAAUGACCGUGAGGAGGUUGUCCUGUGGAUGAACACAGUGGGUCCAUAUCACAAUCGACAGGAGACCUAUGCGUAUUUCUCGCUGCCCUUCUGCAGUGGUGCCAAGUCGGGCAUCUCUCAUUACCAUGAGACGCUCAGCGAGGCGCUGCAAGGCGUUGAACUGGAGUUCAGCGGCUACGAGAUGGAAUUCAAAGUGGAUGUGCAACGGACGGUCAUCUGCAUGGUGAAGCUGUCCGAGGAGAACGUGAAGGCGUUCAAAUAUGCUGUGAUGAACGAGUAUUGGUAUCAGAUGUAUAUCGAUGGGUUGCCCAUUUGGGGCAAGGUCGGUGAACGGGAUGAGAAUGAUGGGAAGUAUUAUAUACACACGCACAAGAAGUUCGACAUUGGCUACAAUGGCCAGCAAAUUGUGGACAUUACGCUGACAACAGAAAUGCGCGAAGAACUGAAGACGGAUGCCAAAAUCAAGUUCUCCUACGAGGUCAACUGGAAGCCAAACAAAGUUGAGUUCAAGAAUCGCUUCGAUAAGUAUCUGGAUCCAAACUUCUUUCAGCACAGAAUACAUUGGUUUAGCAUCUUCAAUAGCUUUAUGAUGGUCAUAUUCUUGGUGGGUCUAGUUUCAAUGAUAUUGAUGCGUACGCUGCGCAAGGAUUAUGCACGCUACAGCAAGGACGAGGAGGUGGAUGACAUGGAACGCGAUUUGGGCGAUGAGUACGGCUGGAAACAGGUACAUGGCGAUGUCUUUCGCACGCCACCCAGUGCACUUAUUUUCUCGGCGCUCGUUGGCGCCGGCUAUCAGCUUAUCUCAGUGGUGUUUUGUGUCAUCAUGUUUGCCAUUGUCGGCGAACUGUAUACGGAACGUGGCUCAAUGUUAUCUACGGCGAUAUUCGUUUAUGCUGCCACAUCACCCAUCAAUGGGUAUUUUGGUGGAUCACUUUACGCUCGACUGGGCGGUCGCUUGUGGAUACGACAGAUGCUUGCUUCUGCUUUCGCGGUGCCUGCCGCUGUCUGUGGCACUGCGUUCUUUAUCAACUUUAUUGCCAUUGGCUAUCAUGCAUCGCGAGCCAUUCCCUUUGGCACAAUGGUUGCAGUGACCUGCAUUUGCCUGUUUGUCAUCUUGCCAUUGACGCUCGUUGGCACAGUGGUCGGACGUAAUUUGGAUGGCCAACCGGAUUUCCCCUGCCGCGUUAAUGCUGUACCCAGACCCAUACCAGAGAAGAAAUGGUAUAUGGAACCAUUGAUCAUUGUGCUGCUGGGCGGCGUGCUUCCCUUUGGUUCCAUUUUCAUUGAAAUGUACUUUAUCUUCACUUCGUUCUGGGCGUACAAAAUCUAUUAUGUCUAUGGAUUCAUGUUACUUGUGUUUACCAUUUUGACUGUGGUCACCGUUUGUGUUACGAUUGUGUGCACAUAUUUCCUACUGAAUGCCGAGGAUUAUCGGUGGCAGUGGACGAGUUUCAUGGCUGCCGGCUCCACUUCCAUUUACGUAUAUGCAUACUCCUUUUACUACUUCUUCUUUAAGACCAAAAUGUUUGGUCUAUUCCAAACGGCUUUCUAUUUUGGCUACAUGGCAUUGUUCAGUGGCGCCUUGGGCAUCAUUUGCGGCACCGUCGGCUAUGUGGGCACGAAUCUGUUCGUGCGCAAAAUCUAUUCCAAUGUGAAAAUAGACUAAGAUCGCGCGUUCGUUGAAUCCAAACUCCAGUCCCCUAACCAUUUACAAUUGUAUUUAUUGUGUAGUCUUUUAGUUAACUCCCUUUCUGUUUAUAUAAUCCUUUUGUUCCAUUGUCAAUGCUCCCACAAUUUUUUCAUAUCGGUGUGAAUUAAAUAACAAAACAAAAAUCAAAAAGGAAAACUAACCAAGUCAAAGAGCUCGCGCCAAUGAUAGCAAACAGCCGAAAAAUCACCCCUCAUCUGAUAUAUGUAUAUAAGUAUAAAUAUAUGGCACAUAUACUAUGUAUUUGUAUGUAUUUGUGUGCCCUGUAUGUGUUUAUGCGUGUGUGCAGCAGAUUUAUUGUAAUAUCAUGAAUGCCUAGAAACUUAUCAAAUCUAUGCAAUUGCAAAUGUGACUUCAAAUUGUUUGCGCCAAUUAAGUUUAUAUACAUUGCAGAAAUGUGCUGAUUAGCAAUAGUCGAUAAUAUUAUAUUAAUAAAGUCAACAUAAAAAACGA